UCUUUCUGAUUCAUGUUACAUUCUUGGUCCGCCAUCUGAUCGGGUUAGUCCCAUCAUUGGUACUUCCAUUGAGAGAAACUGUGAGAUAAAGCUGUGAGAUUAUGGCCGGACGAAGGACGAGGCGUAACACCGCUGCUUCUGCCUAGUCAAUGGUCAGGAGUGACCAUCCUAAACAAGGUAUGAUCGUUCCUGUCAAUGGGCUUGAAACAACGUUGAAUAAUGUGGCUAAUAUGAUGGCCAACAUUAUGGAACGCUUGGACCAGGAUCUCCCUCGACCAUCCGGUACCCGGGAUGUCCCUACCGGGCAACCCCGCCAGGUCUUGCGUACUGCGAGUUCUCCCAUCCUCCUGGAGCUUCAUGAUCCGGAGGAGGUCGAGAGGGAGAGGCAGGCCAUCGCUAGGCGCCAGGCGGAGGAGAUGGGCCGGAAUAAUAGGGCAAAUGGAGAUCGGACUAGGGGUGUGAGCCAAGUCAUUGGCAACGGAAACGACAACCCGCGGGGAACCGUUUUUGAAAGGAUAUCUCACCAGAGGGCUCACGUGAGUGAGAGGCUGGAGAAGAGUCCGGACAAAGCACCACAGGGUUGGGAUCUGAGGCAACAGAUCGAGGAGAUGCAUAGGAAGAUAAACAGGGAACGAGUAUUCACUACCCGGACGAAUACUCUGCUCGCCCCAGAAAUCUUUGCGGAACCAUAUCCGCAGGGAUUCAAGAUGCCGUUUGUCAAGCGUUAUGAUGGGGAAUCAGAUCCCCAAGAACACAUAAACAGCUACAUCCAAGUGAUGAUUGCCGUUGAUGCCAGCGGCGCAUUGAUGUGCCGGUGCUUCUUGCAGACAGUUGAUAACAAGGUUGCGGAUUGGGUGAAUCACAUUCCUGCCUUAUCGAUCCGGACAUGGGAUGAAUUGGGAUUGCGGUUCUUAGAGCAUUUUGCAGGGAACUGCCGUCCCAAGAAGCAUUUCUCUCACCUGGCUUCAGUGCGGCAGAAGCACGAAGAAUCCUUGAAGAAUUUCCUAAUCCGGUGGAGGAAAGAAUCCAUGGAGGUUGAAGGAAUCGACGAUAAAUCCAGGCUAGCCAUGUUCACGGCGGCAUUGCAGGAUGGCUUCCUUCAUACUGAUCUUACACCUCAUCCCCCGGAUACCUUUGAAGAAGCAAUGGUCCGGGCCGGGAGGUAUGUUACCCUGGAGGAGAGGAAGGAGGAUAAGAAAGAAAAGACUCCCAAAGAAGAACAGAAGGCGGGAAACAAGAAGCCUUUCAAGAACAAGAAGCAAGGUUUCCCGGAUGGCCCAAAAGGAACAAGUCCUGGGACCUCGGAGAAGCACAAAUCUGCCAAUCCAGUCUUUACGUUACCUGUGGCUGAGGUCAUGGCCCAUGCUGCACAGCAGGGACUUAUGACUUAUCCGACCUAUUCGCAGAAGGUCUGUAAUGUGGAGGACACUGGAAAAUGGUGUGCCUACCACCACAAGAAUGAUCACAACACAGAGGACUGUUAUACCCUGAAGAAUGAGAUGGCGAGGCUAAUCUGUCGUGGCCAUCUGAAGAAGUUUGUACAAGAUGGUGACACGGGAAAUUCCAGGAACACUCAGAAUGGGAAGCGUAGAGAUAAGGAGGUGGCCAAGGAGGCCCGGGAAAAACUCCACAUCGGGCUUGAAGAUGAGGAGGAUUCAGAGCCCGCACCACACCGGCAGAAGAGACACCACAGGUGUAACUUCAUCAUCAGAGGGAAUACUGGCGGAGACUCGGCCACAAGCUGGAAGAAGUGGGCCAAUGCGGCGAUGGUCAAUAAGUUGCUAGCCCCGGAAGGUAAGAAGUUGAAAACUGAGCCAAUUGUAUUUUCCAAUGCUGAUUUUCCAGAAACUGGGGUCCCCCAUAGGGACGCCCUGGUGAUUACGAUUGACAUAAUGGACUUACUGAUCCACAAAACUCUGGUGGAUACGGGAAAUUCUAUUAAUAUCAUGUAUAUGGAUACUUACAAGGCUCUUGGUUUGACAAGAGAUGAGUUAUCACCCAUUAAGACUCUACUGACCGGGUUCACAGGUGACUCUAUUGAACAGGAAGGGGUAAUAACCCUCCCGGUCGAGAUAGGGGAUACUAAGGCCACCCGGAAGUUGGACAUGGAGUUCGUUGUAGUGGGGAUUGAUUUGCAGUAUAGAACGGGCAAAAAUAACAACUAAAAAGAAUCCCUUGUAAGUAGGGUGUCGAACCUCAGGGAGACGUGAGUUAAUUUAAUUUAAACAAAAGUUUACAAAAGAAGUUGUAAGAUAUUUUGGUCUUUUUAGUUUUAAAGAUAAAAUAAAAAGUGUAAAAGAAGAGAGUUCCAAACAUUACAAAGUUUUUGAUGAUAAAAAGUUAGGGGUAGAAAUUGGUAAAUUAAUUAUCCAAUGUUUU